GCAAGGUGGGGUGGGGAAAAGUUGUGUAGAGGAGGAUAGUGCUGAUUGCUGAAGCACCUAUGGAUCUUUCCACUUCCAUCAACACUGCAGAAUCACAUACUCUUUACCUGGAACAGCUUGCAGCUCAAGACGGUAGCCAAACCGAGAUCUCGAACCAGGCGGCAGAUGCAGAUGGCAGCCAAACUCCGAUCACUUGCAUGGAUGCUGCUUUGUACGAGGCCGCAGCAUAUGGCAGGAUCGAUGUCCUGGAACAAAUGUCAGAACAUCAUUUUGUGGUCCAAUUAACCCCAAAUAAGAAUACCGUCCUCCACAUUGCAGCCCAAUUCGGUCAACUGGACUGUGUUCAGUAUAUCCUGGGGCUGCAUUCAUCUUCAUCUCUCCUGCUUAAGCCCAAUCUGAAGGGCGACACUCCACUUCACCAUGCAGCGAGAGAAGGCCAUUUGACAGUCGUGAAAGCACUCAUUGAUGCUGCGAAACGACUUCACCAAGAGAUCGAGAGUGGGGUUGGAGGAGAUAAGGCGAUUAUGAGGAUGACAAAUGAGGAGGAAAACACAGCCUUGCAUGAGGCAGUGAGGUAUCAUCAUUCAGAGGUUGUGAAGUCAUUGACCGAGGAAGACCCCGAGUUUAUUUAUGGGGCUAAUAUUGCAGGCUACACUCUUCUUUACAUGGCCGCCGAGAGAGGUUUUGAAGAUUUGGUGAAUUUAAUCUUAGGAACUUGCACUUCACCAUCUUACAGUGGCAUGAUGGGUAGAACGGCUUUACAUGCUGCUGUAAUUCGCAAUGACCAAGAAAUGACAGCGAGGUUAUUGGAAUGGAAGCCAGAUCUGACAAAAGAAGUGGAUGAGAAUGGAUGGUCUCCCCUUCACUGUGCUGCAUACUUGGGUCAUACUGCAAUUGUGGAGCAAUUACUAGACAAAUCACCAGAUAAAUCUGUAACUUAUCUUGGACUCAAGGACAGCAAGAAAACAGCACUUCACAUUGCAGCUAACCGUGACCAUCGAGAUAUAGUAAAGCUGCUGCUGUCACACUCCCCAGAUUGUUGCGAGCAAGUGGAUGAUAAGGGAAAUAAUGUUCUUCACUAUGCCAUUAUGAGCGAGCAGUUUUUGGCUGCUGGUGGUAUCUUGGGUCGUAAUAGUUUGUUAAGCGUGAGAAGACUUAUAAAUGAGAAAGACGCUAAAGGAGACACACCCCUCCACCUGCUUGCUUCUUACCAAGUUUAUGAUCCAUUUUUGUCAGCGGACAAUAGAGUGGAUAAAAUGGCACUCAACAAGGAUAAGUUAACCGCCCUAGACAUUAUUUCAAGGGAUAAAGUUAAGCCAAGAAGAAUAUUCAAGGAAGAAAUUAGAAGACAAUGGAGGGAAUGGGAGAAAGUUGUUGUUGGACCCUUUAGUUGGCAGGAGGCUAUCAAUAAAGACAGUGGUAGUAGUAAAAGCGAAGACGUCGAAAAAGACGAAAGCAUCUCUACCACAAAAAGAGAAGGUGAAACCCAUUUGAUAGUGGCAGCACUUGUAGCAACUGUAACCUUUGCUGCGGGUUUCACCUUGCCUGGUGGUUACAAUGACAAUGGCAUGGCAAUUUUAACAAAGAGAGCAGCUUUCAAAGCAUUUAUUGUGACAGACACCAUGGCCGUGAUCCUCUCUGUAUCUGCUGUGUUUGUUUAUUUUUUUAUGUCGGUGCAUGAGGACGAGGACUACCUUGACAAACACUUAAUUAUGGGCUUUUUUCUCACCGUGUUAAGCAUGGGAGCAAUGGUGGUUGCAUUCAUGACGGGCCUAUACGCUGUGUUACCACUUUCCUCUGGCCUUCCAAUCGUUACUUGUAUCAUCUGCUGCAUCUUUCUUCUUGCCUUUUAUUUUGUAUUUAGACAACUUUUUAAAUUUAUAAAAGAAUCUUAGUGGGACCUUAUGUUUA